GUAGUUUAUAGUUGAAUAGUAUGGAUUAGGCGCGUAAAUCAUCGAAUUGAUCAUGUAUUGGAGGGAUGUUCUACGAUUGAAAGUACAUAACUCUUGUUGGCCCUCUUUCGGCGAGUUUGACAGGCACGUGAUCAAAAUAAACAGUGGUUCCCGAGAUAAUUCCAGGAUUGGGAACAAUGGCAAGUUUGGCUAAAGAAGAUGUGGUUCCUGGCGUAUGUUUGAUUAUGAAUCAAUCUGAAGAGGAUUCCGACUUUGUUCGAGAGUUGCUGUUUCAAGAUGAGCUAUUGAAACCUAACGCUGAUGGAUGCCUUUGGGAAAAUAGGAACAAGUAUUAUUCCUGCCAAGUUGAAGUUCUGAUAGCGAAAGAUUGGAGCGAAAUUAAACCCAAUAAACUAAAGGAAGUUUGUGCUACUCUCAUUUACCUGGGCGAGUUGAAUGAUGCAUCUCAAAUGUCGAGUCUGGAAAAAAUUUUAGCACAAGAUUUGGACAACAGUGACACCAAACUUGUGGUGGCCCAAAAUCUGAAGCAAGAAGCAUUAAAAUCCGAGUUAAACCAACUCGUUAUUGAGCACGGCAUGGAGAUCAUUGAUCUGUCAGAGGAAUUCAAAGAAGACGAUGAUGAUAAUGAUGGCACAUCCGGCAUAUUUGCCAAAACACCUCAAAAACGCAUCAUAGAGGCCUUGCAAACUUGCCCUUGGCCAAAUAUGAAUAGUCGUAAUGGCACCCCGAAACGCUUAGAAAAUGCACCCAACGCUGGCCAGGAGCCCGAAAUGGAGGAUUUUGAGAAGCUUUUUGCCCAAUUUGCUACCUUCAAAGAACAAUCAACCAACAUGUCCGAAAGUGAACGCAAGAAGCACGCCGAGAAUGUCGUCUUAUCGUUUUGGAACGCUCUCGGAGGUGAUCCAGAGGAGUUGGCCGGAUUAGAUUCCGAUUAAAGGGCAGUGUUAAGUUUUAAAAAUAAAAUUUUGUAUUUACAUCCAA